AAAAACAGCAAAGAUAAUGAAGAAGAAGCGAAUAAAGCAACGUGGGUAGCGUGUGCAAUUCUCCAGCAGAGAAUUACUCCAUUCUCUAGAUCGACUUAACUAUGUCUACAUUUUUAAUGAAAGUUUUGGUGUCGCAAUGCCAUGAUAUCGAGUGCACGCUGGACAUGUUAUGCUGGCCGAGUUUUACGUGGCCUGAAGUAGAGAGGGUUGAAGCCCUUGGCUUAUUUAUCGGAGAGCUUGUCCUCAAGUCGCACUCCAGCGCAGAGGUUUUUAAUGGGUUUAAGACCAAGGAACGUUUUGUUUGUAAAGUGCAGUCAAUUAUAUGGGACCAUUGUGUACCACUUUUGAAAAUGAUUUCAAGUGAAAACAUUACAUCGUGGGAGGAAGGUGUUACACACAGUGGUAAGAGGAAGGAGAUGCUCCAUGCUACUUGUGCACUUCUUAUGGUAUGUGUGAGGGAGUGUCAGACGGACUCCCUGGAGAAAAUAGCAAGUUUUGUUUUACCUGCGUUUUCAGAAAGGGGUGACACACAGCAGUUCGAUAUUGACGUGGCCAUAGAGGUUCUGGCAGUAUUGCUCUCUGGUAUUUCUGCCAAUACUGCCUUAACUAAGAAAUCACUGUCCUGUACACUUUGUAGUGUUAAGGACCUUUCGGACACUUUGGUCUCCAAAAUCAUUGUCCGUAUCUGGUUCACAUGUCUUAACUCAUCGAACAAUGAAAUGCAGGCAGACAUUCUCUGUUUCCUUUGGGGGGAUUUACUGGAUUGGUAUGAGCGGGAGGGCACAGAAGUGGUGACAGCACGCCUUCUGCUAUGCCUUACUGCUCUUUCUGACUUCCUCUUCUCAUUGGAUCAAAGGGGGCCAAACCCAGAAAAGUCACACACAUUCUUCAGAGUGGUCCAAGCUGGACUUGUACACAAGGACAGCAUGUCCCGCAAGAGGGCACUCUAUCUACUAAAUAGAUGUGUCUCACUGGCAGAGGCACGUUGUGGGGAUAUUAAUAUAUGUGAGACAGAUUUUUUUUUCAGAUGGACAGCAGAGCACAGAUUAGUGCUUCAUGAAUUUUGGGAAGCUUAUUGCCUGGUCCUGGAAACUCUUGAGGAAUACCAGAUUCAUGUGAUUCGACCUGUACUAUGCCGAAUUGACAUGCUUGUCAAAACAACUUCAAUAGAUACUCAAGGCAGUGGACUGGUCCAUCCAUCCUGGGUACUGUGUGUCUAUCAACGCAUGUUCCACAGUGAGAACAAGGCUGUAAUAAAGGAGGGUGUCACUCAUCUGUUGGGACUACAAAUGCUUCAGCAACCUGCUUUUGCCAUUGCUUUCUCCCAGAUGGACGCAUCGGACAGGGGGCUGGGGACCGUGCUGUCCCAGGUGGUGGAGGGGGAGGAGCGCCCCAUGCUGUAUAUCAGCCGCAAGCUCACUGUGCAAGAGACAAUUUACAGCACGAUAGAGAAGGAGUGUCUGGCAAUCAACUGGGCAGUCCUCACCCUCCAAUACGAUCUGCUGGGAUGGGCCUUCACCCUCUGUUCGGUCCAUGCUCCGCUCCAGUGGAUGCCGCACGAAGGAUGCCAACGUGCAGAUAACUUAUUGUUUGUUGUAGGUCCCUUCAUGGAUGUCCUAGCUGAGACGUCACUGUACCACAGGUCUUCUAAACAAACCAUUGGAGAAUGUCCCGAACUAGGUCUGAAACUGCAAAAUUUCAUGGUGAUGUUCUUCGGCAGUUUGCCUGAGGACAGACAAGGAUCAGCGUUACUGCAGAUGCUCAAACAUUUGAGCUCUCGACGGUGGUGUUCUGUCCCUCUGCUAUUCCUUUCUCAAGCCCUGUCCUGCUUGACACCCUGCCCUCUUCUGAAAACAGAUGGGCUAAAUAUACUCAGACAGGUGCUUGGCUGCACUAUGGUCACCCACCACGUUCUACUAAGAGGGGCCAUCCAGUGCUUUCUGCUUCACACUGUUCUCCACCUGUCUGAUGUGUCAGCGGUGUCCCUAGAUGAAGUAUUUGCUUUUCUAGCACAUUUCCGAGCUGAGGAGUCCCUGUGUCCAGGCACAGCAAUUUGGGAAAAGCUCUGCGAUUGGUUGCUGGCUAAUGAGGGCAAUUUUUGGCCUGCUGCGACUUCCACCAGUGUUUCCCCACAGAAAGUCUCAGUGCACAGCUACCACUCUUUAAAAGCCUUCUUGACCAUACCGGCCAUCUCAGAUCAGGCAGACAGGGUACCUGUAGUAGACGAGGCUGAAUUGCUAGCUCGCACCCUCCUCCUCUCUGCAGACCUGGACUGGAGGAGAAGAGAGAAGCAGGGUCCCAAGGACAUGAGACUGGAACAGCUUUUCUACCCUCUGGUAGAUAUCCUCCACCGGCUCAACACCAGCAUUUACUUACCACUGUGCAAGACCGACAAGAGUCUCCAGCUCAUGCUAAGACUUCUGCUUCUUCUUGGCAAAAAUUUAGAGACGGGGAGGGGGAAUGAAGAUAACGUGGCAGUUGCCUUGACACAGCUGCUGUUGGGUGUGGCAGAACCAGUUCAAGAGUUCAUACUAAGAAGGCUGAGUGGAGAACUACAGGAGUUGUCUGAUAUAGACAGGGCAAAUCUGUAUCUUUCUCUUCUACGUGAGCUGAUAAGAACCUAUGGCAAAGUCCCAGGCUAUGGCUCUAACUUGCAGAAAAACUAUGUGUCCAGACUCACAGUGAACUGUGUGAGACUUCUCAGUGAGCCAUCUGAACAGGAUCCAUCUAUUGCUGGGCAGGUGCAAAAAGCAGUUAGCAUGGCAACAUUAGCCUUGCUAUGUGAGCUGGCUGAUCAGUGUGUGUUUGAAUCCCAGUCUGAGGCCAUGAGAUCCCUCUGCUCACUGACUGCCUAUUUCUGUCCAUCUUCAUCCUGUUUAUCCACACCUCAGUUCUUUAACCAGACCUUACUGAAGCCUGCUUAUACAGUGGACAUCUCCAGCUGUCCAUAUGGUGACCCACUUCUGAGAGACUGGAGCAGAGUGGUGGCUUACUUCAUCAGAGACAAGUGGACAUGCCUCAGUUUCCUUCAGAAGUUUGCUGAGACCCCCAGAGCUACAGAGGCCUUUCAGGCUGCUGUUGAGGCUCUUUCCUUGCUGCCAAGUGAUUUGGUGCUGCCUGUACUGGACUUUAUGUGUGCAGCUUUACCACAGGUCCUACAUAUUGAGGCCUUGUGUGUGGAAGCAGUAUCUGUGUCCUGGAAGCUGGUACAUUCCUUGAGUACAAAUGCUCAUGACUUCUGGCCUGCCCUGCGGGCCUUUGUACGCUUGGCCUUCCAUCGCAGCUUCCUUGAGAUGCAGGAUGUUCAAAGCCACAAGAUAGCUGCCUGCAUCCAACAGGUUAUAUGUGAGCUGAUUGAACUCUCCCAGGCUAAGUUGGGAGUAUUUAAUGUGCUGAUUCAGCACUGCUGCAACACCUGGCUUCCCUCUGACCCUAAGAUCCACAAAGACACUGUUUUCCAAAGUGCCUUAAAUCACUUGGACAUACUGACUGAGGCUUGCAUCUAUGGGCCAGUCUACAGAAGAGAUCAAAGACUCCUUCAUGAGGUUCAAACUUAUGUAGAGCAGAUCGGGGAAGAGCUUGCAGCAAAUGUGGUGAUCAACAGUUGGAAUAGGGACGAUCAGUUCCCACGCUUGUGUGUUUUGGCCUUUCUGAGUCAUCUUGAACCAUCCAAUAAUCUACAUCAGAGGCUGAUGGAAAGGCUAGUGCAGUGCUUACUGAAAAAGGACAAGGACAUAUCAAGGUCAAAAGUGCGUUAUUAUAAUAACUCUAUGCAGCACAGAGUAAAGAAUAGGGUGUGGCAAACAUUGCUGCUCCUCCUGCCCAAGCUGAGGCCGGGGUUUGUGGUGGAUUAUGUGUUUGGCCUGGUGUGUGAGGCAGGCUUUGGCAACAACCAGCCUUCUGUCAAGUACCUGAUUGAGUGGGCCCUGAUUCUGAUCCUCUACCAAAACCCUUCUCAUAUUCAGCAUCUGUGGAUUUGCUUUAAUGUGGAUCAGGAGAAAACAAAGACAAGCAUCUGCACGUUCCUUUCUGUGUUGGUGCACCUGGGCAUCCUGUUCCCUAAACUAGAGGAUAAGGCAAGGCAAUGGCAGAAGGCUAUAGAGGUGAUUUUACGGUGGUGUUUCAGUCAUAACUUCACUGUCCGUCUGUAUGCAUUGUUGGCUCUGAAGAGAGUGUGGGGUUUAGAGGGGGCACGACUCCUAGCUGAAAAUGAACAGUGCAGUUCAGCCUCUCUGCAGGGACUAGUAACAGUUGUUGAGGCCUGCCUACAUCAGACUGAGGUCAUGCAGAAUACUGGCAAUGCCGUAAAGAACUGGUCCAGAAUACAGGAGCAUUUUUUCUUCAGUGCCUUUCAUCCUCUUAAUGAUUACAGUGUAGAGACAAUUUUCCACACAUUCCCUGUUCUGUCAGAAUUGGCAGAGGAUGAGUGCAUUCCGAUGUGGAAGUUUGAGAAGCUGGUGGACUUUCAACACAGUUCCUCUGUACCUUUGAAAAAUGCAGGCAGAGAGCUGAAGGAGCUGCAGCCUAGUGACUGGGUUCAGCAGGAUAGAGGUGAGUUGGACCAAGAAGAGCGCUGGGCAGAUGUACAGAAAAAGAUUGCCCCUUGGAGUCUGAAUGUGCAGGAGGUGGAGCCACACCUUGUUGCCCAGCAGAGAGUAGCACGUCUGGGUAAACUUACCACUGCCCUCCUGGUGGUUGCCUCACUUAUUGACAAGCCCACAAACCUGGGUGGUCUUUGUCGAACGUGUGAAAUCUUUGGAGCCAGUGCUAUGGUGCUGGGUAGCCUGCAUCAUGUCGGUGACAAACAAUUCCAAGCCCUGAGUGUCUCUUCCGAACUGUGGCUUCCUCUGAUGGAGGUGAAGCCUGUGGACCUGGCAGAUUUUCUGCAGCUGAAGCAAAGAGAGGGUUACAGUAUCAUCGGAGUAGAGCAGACAGUCAACAGCCAGAGUUUGCAAAACUAUAGGUUUCCAGAGAAGACCCUACUACUGUUAGGGAAUGAACGAGAGGGUAUUCCUGCUGACCUCCUGCAGUUGUUGGAUGUAUGUGUGGAGAUUCCUCAGCAGGGAGUGACACGUUCUCUCAACGUGCAUGUGAGCGCCGCCCUACUGGUGUGGGAAUACACCAGACAGCACUUGGGUCCUGACCAAACCUCUUAACUACUCUGUUUUGAAAUUGCCCAUUUAUGCUGAUCAGAUAUGCUUAUGCUGAGGUCAGUUCCCAGUCCUGAAAUGCUUAACUCAAAAUGAAAUGACUUAUUAGUUUAUUAUUAUUAAGGGUCUUAGAUUGGUGGACAGUGUAAAUUACACAGAGGUACCACUAAACAUUUCUCACAAUAAAGUGUGAAUUCCCUCUAAGGUUAAUAAAGUUAUCUACUGA